AUGGCAUUUAAGGUAAUUGCACUCACCGCUCUUUUGGCCGUUGCCCUUGCCCGCCCUCAGAACGGCUAUGGCGUUCCAACGCCCUCUUCAGCACCUGCCAAGUACGACUUCAACUACGCCGUUAACGACCCACCAUCUGGCAACGACUUUGGCCAUCAGGAGGCCCGAGAUGGUCCUAACACUCAGGGUUCUUACUAUGUCCUCCUUCCCGACGGUCGUCUUCAGAGGGUCACCUACACUGUGAACGGUGAUUCUGGCUACUUGGCCGAGGUCACCUACGAGGGCGAGGCCUCCACACCACGCCCCUAUACACCCGCCCCUCACCUCGUACCUCUCCACACCACGCCCCCACACAUCCGCCUUCAGUGUGUUACAUUGAAACACAGUGUAACAUAUUAUUCUAAUUUAAAAAGGUAUAAGAAAUCUGUGAUUCACACAAGCAUAUUCGUCAGGAAGUUUGAUGGUGUAACUGAAGUCUUGGAGGUUAAGCAAAUGAGUUUGAAGGCAAAGUAA